GAAUCACAAGAGAGAUGCAUUAUGAGGUGACCCAUUCGGGCAGAGUAAGGUGUCAGUGCCUUCUCUCAUGGAUCUGACGAUUAAUGCUCCUACCAAAAUCAAAAUACACACACAGAAAAAUCUCACUCUGUUAUUAUUAUUGUAACUAAAGCCAAAUCAAUGGCGGUCCUUAGCUCUGUCACACUCCUUCCUUCUCCAUCUCAUUUUAACACCAACCUCUAUCGCUCUUCUUCUUCUUCUUCCAUUCCUUUCUCUCUCUUCAACAUUCAAUCCAGACGUCCACUCUCCACUCUCAUUUCCAAAGCUAACGCCGUCUCUUCACCAUCCACUAUUUCUCGCUUAUCUUCCACUUCCGUCGGCGAGGACUUGCCGUCAGAUUAUGAAGAUUGGUUACCUAAACGUCAAGGGAAGAGGAGAGCUGGCAUUUUGCUCCAUCCGACGUCGUUCAGAGGGCCCCACGGUAUUGGAGAUCUCGGGGAUGAGGCUUUUCGCUUCAUUGAUUGGCUUCAUCACUCUGGUUGCUCUGUUUGGCAGGUGCUUCCUCUUGUACCUCCAGAUGAAGGAGGAUCACCAUACUCAGGCCAGGAUGCUAAUUGUGGUAAUACUCUCUUAAUUUCUCUUGAAGAGCUUGUCAAGGAUGGUUUGCUGACAAAGGAUGAGCUGCCAGAGCGAGUAUGCUCUGAUCGUGUGAACUUUUCUGCUGUUACUGAGCUAAAGAAUCCCUUGAUAGCUAAGGCUGCAGAGAGGCUUAUUCUGAGUGAUGGUGAACUUAAAAUUCAGUUUGAAGAUUUUCGCAAGGACCCCAAUAUAUCAAGUUGGCUGGAGGAUGCAGCUUAUUUUGCUGCUAUUGAUGAUACUUUAAAUACCUUAAAUUGGUACGAUUGGCCUGAAUCUCUGAAAAACCGCCAUCUUGCAGCUCUGGAGGGCAUUUACCAAAGCAAAAAGGAUUUUAUAGAGAUUUUCAUUGCCCAGCAGUUUUUGUUCCAGAGACAAUGGCAGAAAGUUCGCAGCUAUGCACAGGAAAAGGGUAUUAGUAUAAUGGGUGACAUGCCCAUUUAUGUAGGCUAUCAUAGUGCUGAUGUUUGGGCAAAUAAGAGGCAUUUUUUGCUGAACAGGAAAGGCUUUCCUCUUCUAGUUAGUGGUGUUCCCCCUGAUGCCUUCAGCAAUACUGGUCAAUUGUGGGGCAGCCCUCUCUAUGAUUGGGAAGCCAUGGAGAGAGAUAAUUAUUCAUGGUGGGUAUGCCGUAUACAACGAGCUCAACAUCUGUACAAUGAAUUUAGGAUUGACCACUUUAGAGGUUUUGCUGGCUAUUGGGCUGUUCCUUCUGAUGCAAAAGUUGCAAUGGUCGGAAAUUGGAAGGCUGGGCCUGGGAAAUCCCUAUUUGAUGCCAUCACCAGAGCUGUUGGAAAGAUCAUCAUAAUAGCAGAGGAUUUGGGAGUUAUCACUGAGGAUGUAGUACAGCUUAGAAAAUCUAUUGGUGCUCCUGGAAUGGCUGUUCUUCAGUUUGGUUUUGGAAGUGAUGCAGAUAACCCUCAUUUACCUCAUAAUCAUGACGCAAAUCAAGUUGUAUACACUGGAACUCAUGAUAAUGACACGAUUCGAGGUUGGUGGGACGUGAUAAAGCAAGAGGAGAAGUCAAAUGUAUUGAAGUAUCUUUCAAUUGCUGAAGAAGAUGAGAUCCCAUGGGCACUCAUCAAAGCCGCGCUUUCAUCAGUAGCCGAAACUGCAGUAAUACCCCUGCAAGAUAUUCUUGGAUUGGGGAAUUCUGCCAGAAUGAAUAUUCCUGCUACUCAGUCUGGAAACUGGAGUUGGAGGAUACCUUCUUCCUUGAGUUUUGAUCACAUGGAGAAAGAAUCAAUGAAACUGAGGGAUUUGCUGUCUAUGUAUGGGCGGAUAUAGUAGCGAGCUAAAACCAUAGAUGCUACUGGAUUUAGAUUUGCUUCCACGAGUUUCAAUAAACCUUCAUUUAUUUUAAGCUGAGAUUUCUUAGAGCCUGCACCUUAAAUUGUAGAUUAGCCAUUUUGCUGUAAAAGUUGUUUUGUUCCUGCUUGAAUAAGUCCAUGCAUACUUGCUUUGUAGAAUGAAUGAAUCAGCCUGACCUCAAGUGAGAUGGCAGAGUCUGAUUUCAAAUGAAUAAAAUUUUACUUGUUUUUGUCC